UUUUCCGAAAAAGCCUUCCGCGCCCAAGAGGACAUCCUGAACCACUACGUCACCCUCCUCAUCACCAAGCUCACCGCCAAAGCCAACGCAAACGUAGCAGUCGACAUAGUCCAGUGGUUCAACUUCACCACCUUUGACCUGAUCGGCGACCUCGCCUUUGGUCAGCCCUUCAACUGUCUCGAUUCAGCCGCCUACCACCCCUGGGUAUCCCUCAUCUUCUCCAACAUCAAGCUCGGCGUGUUUUUCGAGGUUCUCCGUCGCCACCCUUUUCUCGGCUGUCUCAAGACAUUCCUCUUGCCUAAGCACCUGGUACAAAGCCAAAAGGAGCACCGGGCGUUGAGCGAGAAGACAGCCAAGAAACGGCUCGAGGCAGGGGGGACGGAAAGGGGGGACUUCAUGAGCUAUAUCCUGAGGCAUAAUGACGAGAAGGGGAUGAGCGAGGGGGAGAUUAUAGAGAAUAGUAGUUUGCUUAUUAUCGCUGGGAGUGAGACUACUGCUACGCAGCUGAGCGGGACGACGUUUUGGUUGUUGAAGAACAGGGACAAGUAUGACAAACUGGUCAAGGAGAUUAGGGGGAGGUUUGGCAGGGAGGACGAGAUUGAUUUGGUGGCGGUGGGAGGAUCCCCCUACACCGCUCGCUUUGCCGAGACGGGUUCCCCCAAAGGGGAGUAUAUAGAAGGGUAUUGGAUUCCCGGUAAUACAUCAGUAGCAGUCCCUCAAUGGGCCUCGUACCAAUCCUCUUCCAACUUUCGCGAUCCUCAGAAAUUUGUUCCCGAACGCUGGCUCGGCGACCCGAGAUAUGCUGAUGAUGUGCGGGGGGUGCUGCAGCCUUUUUCGGUCGGGCCGAGGAAUUGUAUUGGGAGGAAUUUGGCGUAUGCUGAGAUGAGGUUGAUCAUGGCGAGGUUGUUGUGGAAUUUCGACUUGGAGUUGAUGCCGGAGAGUGAGGAGUGGAAUAAGCAGAGGAUUUAUGUGCUCUGGGAGAAGGGGGCUGUCAAUGUGAGGCUUACGCCGGUUGUUAGGUGA